GCCGUCAUCAAUCUGACAAAGGCAUUCGACACGGUUAACUGCGAGUUGUUGUGGGGCGUCAUGCACAAAUUGGCUGUCCUCCAAGGUUUACUGCCGUGCUGCACGCGUUCCACGACGACAUGGUUGCCUGGGUACGGUACUCCGGGGAGAUGUCAGCGCCGUUCCCAGUUGCCGUGGAAGAGAAAUAGGGUUGUGUACUUGCUCCAGUCCUAUUUAAGCUAUUCCUGGCCCCAGUGAUGCGCGUAAUAUACACCCAGCUGGCGGGCCAUGCGGACCAUGGCAUCCAAAUUAGAUACACACUGGACGGCAGCUUCUUCAACCUUCGACUUCCCCAAGCUUUAACACGUGCACAUCAGUCUACGCUGACGACGCAGUUCUUGUCGGACGCUCGCCACUGAGAACCUCCAGCAGUCACUAGACGUGUUUGCAGACAUAUAUUUACCCGAGGGCCUGGUUGCCAACUGCGACAAGAUGAGGGGCUGCAGCAGCAGCAAGGGUGCGACCACUCCACUCACACCGUGCAGAAGCAGGAGCUAAAAACUAGCAACACCUUUGUUUACCUCGGUACGGAGCUAUCCGAUAAUCUUGACCUCAGUGUGGAAAUCCAUCGAAGAAACUGUCGUGCUGCGUCAGCGUUUGGUAGGCUGUACCGUCGAGUCUUCUUCAAUUACAGGCUGACCUUCCAAACAAAGGUGGCGGUCUUCAAUGCAGUCUGCGUGUCCAUCCUCUUGUACGGCUGUGAGGCCUGGAUUCCGUACCGAUCGCAGAUCUGCACCUUGGAGGCGUACUGUACGCAGGCCUAACAGACGUCUGCGCCGCGUUUUGGGGAAUGCAAUCACUUCCAGGCGUGCGGCACCCCUACUGAAAGUUCUGCUGCUUGGUAGUCAGCUGUGGUGGGUCGCCACGCACUUCGCAUGGUCCCGGAGCGUCUCCCUCGUCAGGUCCUCUGCGGAGGACUAGCAGAGGGCCACCGCACAGUUGGCGGCCAGAAGAAUUGGCACACAUCAAAGCAUCGCUGAAGAAAUGCAACAUUCCCCUGAGUCCCUUCGGAAACUCGCGGCUGACAGAGCCUUGCUGCCUGCAACCGCAGGUCCGCUUCUCUUAGUGGACUACACGACGAGGAAGAGGCGGCCAAGGUCAACGUCGGGUCAGAGGUGGCGUCGUCAUGGGACACGAUGGACCUGAAGGAACUUAACUAAAACAAACCUGUAAAAAGUAUGCAUCUCAUAAACAAACACAUAAAAAGUUACUUCAUAGCUCUGAUCAAAUGACACUCAAAAUAUCUGAAACUCAAAAUACAAUAUCACUCAUGUACUCAAAUUAAAGCAACUAACACUAGCACUUAAACUCAAUUAUCAAUAAUCCAUAAUAUUUUUUUUAACAUCUGAGUACAUACGCCCCAAUCCAUAUCUAGACAGUGCAGAGGUCCACACUAUGUAGGACACACCAGUACACAUGCUAAAUCAUCAUUAUUACAUGUAUUAAUAUGAUUACAAUUUCUUGGAGUGAUGGGCGUUGAGUGAUUAGCUGGACAGACUGCCACCCUUCAUCACCUGCAGCCUGAGAACGUACAGGCGGAGCAUAGGCUCUGAAAUUGCAGGAGACGGCUGGCUUGCAUUACACUUUCACCCACCAAUGUUUCUCACGUUUAGUUCUAGUUUGUUUUUCCCGCUUUCUUUUCCUUUUGUGUUUUGAUUUUAGUCUCUAACUUUUCCCUGUUGCUUAUACAUAGGCCUAUUCAUUUCGGUAUUGGUGGCCGAUUCAAAUGGGCACGAUUUUAGAGCCAAAGGAACGCUGAAUCUAUGAGCAAAUUUCAAGGUUCAUCUUUAAAUUCGACAUGGCAAGCAAAACCUAACUCUGCGUCUAGAGGGCCCAAAUAUAUAUCAAUCACCCUAUCAACACUUGAUCGAUGGACUGUAAACCGACGCCGAAUCCAAGGCUUACAUUUUCUUUUGAAGAGGGUUGCAGUCUAAGGUGUCAACCCAAUAUUCACUCAACUAUUCGCCAGCUGUUGGGUAUAAGACAAGAGGAGUCACAGGCCUGCUUCCAAUUUGCAACAUGAAGAUUCUGUUGGUCGCCGUUUUCCUUGGCCCUUUGGCUGUUGUGUCAACUUUGCUUUCAAAGUCACUCGAUCAGGACUUCGUAGAGUACUCUGCUGACCUGGUGAAGAAAAUCAACUCCAUGAACACAACUUGGAAGGCUGGACCUAACUUCGCAGGUGAGACUGCUGAGUCUGUGCUGAAGCGGCUUGGCACUCCCAGGUUAUCACUGGAGAAAGUCCCUAAACUACCAGUAAUCGAACGAGAACGAGCUGAUGGCGACAUACCUGAAGAAUUCGACGCUCGGGUGCAGUGGCCAAACUGCACUUCAAUUGGUCGCAUCUAUGCCCAAGGGAACUGCCAGGCAUCCUGGGCUUUUUCUGCUGUGGGAGCGAUGACCGAUAGAUACUGCAUUACGCACGGCGGUCAGCAGUUCAAUUUCUCUGUUGAGGACUCAGUGGCUUGUUCGCUUUCACCCUUCUUCAGUAACAACUGUUUUGGCGGUUCCACUACUAUUGCUUGGCUGUACUGGCUUGAUACUGGAUUGGUGAGCGGGGGAGGAUACAACAGUUCGUCCGGUUGCCGACCGUACGCCUAUCCGCCCUGCGAUCAUUAUGAGAAAGGUUCACAUGGUUCGUGUUCCGAUCCACUCCCCGACGAGCCAUUCUGCAACAAAACCUGCAGGCGUGGCUACCCCAAGUCGUACGAAAACGACAAGAAGAAAGGUCUGCGAAUUUAUCGUGUUGGACACCAUGAGGCGGAUAUUCAGAACGAAAUCAUGAAUCACGGGCCGGUUUCAGGGGACAUGGAUCUAUACGCGGACUUCUUACUCUACCGAUCAGGUGUUUAUCAAGACAAAGGGAGUGCAUUUAUUGCCGCACAUUCAGUUAAAGUCCUUGGCUGGGGCGUUGAGAACGGACAGAAAUAUUGGCUGUGUGCCAACUCAUGGAACUCCGAGUGGGGCGACAAAGGUUUUUUCAAGAUCCUUCGUGGCACUAAUGAGUGUAAUUUGGAAUUUAAUCUACAUGCAGGCCAACCGUACUAACAUCUGGAGUCUUCAAUCAGCUGCUGACCUCUCAACAAUUAUUACUUGUAUUAAUUAACUACCGUAAUGUUGGUCAGAAUAUUUCGAACCCAAAGUCGUCUAUUUGUCAAAACUUUAUUAAUGGAGGAAUUUACUGCCGAGAGGAAAGAAGUGCUUGCUCUUGUUCAUGGUGUGUUUUAUAAGGGGUUGCAUGUGCAGUGGGGAAAAAUAAUCGAGGGCACUGUAACUUGUCACUUGAUCAUUAAUCAGUUCGUCAAAUGCUUUAGAAAGCACAAGUUUAUUCAUCGUCGAUUAAAACUAGAGAAUGGCAGUCACAAGUUAAAUAUUACACGUGUUAAUCUGGUUUCAAUGGCAUUCAAAAAUUGAAUCCAAAUUGGUGCAUGAACGAUAUACAUCUCUUCCGCACUUUGUGAAUUUUAAACGACACGAGGUUGGCGAGCAAGUAACAAGUCGGCAAAUUGAUUCUGGCACCUCCCUCUCGGAAAUGCCUUCUCUACGCUCCUAGGUGUAGGCCAAGGGAAGUAGCAUCUCCUUCUUUUGGUAGUUCUCAGCCAAUCAAGAUACAGAAUCCGUGGAUGAGGUGUUGUCACAAAGUAUUAAAGACCCCGUGGACCUUUACUUUGCAAUGUUGCAGGAAAACCUUUAGGCCUAUGGGAUCAAUAUUUAAAAAAAAGUUUCUAUGAAGUGUUCCUGGCUUGUACUCAAGUAUAUUUCACGAAUAAAACAAU